UUGUGGUCUGCUAAAGAUGACAAGGAAGUGGGGCGACAAGGCCCUCAAAGUUCUCGUAAAUGCGGAUAUGUUGCCUAGUAAAUAGUACCUUUUAACUUAUUAUGUUUGUUAGCGGAAUACUAUGAAGAUCUCCUGAAUGAGUACAACUCACGCGAUUUAACGUUACGUUAGUUUACAACACUGUAAUAGAAAAUGGACAAUAUAGAGGAUUGUCACAGCCCCGGGGCACUAGCACAUUCAAGAUUUUAUGUUUCAAGGCUGUUGUCGGACUGUUUUCUUUGACUGUUGACGCCGUUGUUUGUUUUUCUAAGAGCCAAAGCUUAUCAAAUCCUUCAGAAGACAUGGCUGUAGUGAUUGCUCUGAGCUCGGACUCCGACAGUGACUCUGAAGUGGAGAUCGUGGGCUGCUACUCUAACAAGAACAAGAUGUUGCCCCUGUCCACAGUGCGGGUCCAGGUCGAUGCCCUCGACGUCAAGACGCCACUGAGUAAUCUUGAUGUCACAAAUGUGAAAAGGGCUCCUGCUGAACUAAAUAUACUUUCAAGACUUGUUUCUUCACCUCCUGCAGUGGUGGAUUUGACUGAAUAUAACAGAUGUGAGGACCAGGAGGAUGUAGUUAAUUUAUCAUCAGAUGAAUGUCAGGUUGUUGAAACAGAUUGUCCAGGAGACUCAAGAAUUGGUGAAGAAUCAACCCAGGUUUGUGAGGAAAGGAGACCUUUUAAAACGCAGCACAUGAUAAAGCCAUCUUGUCAUUUGACAACAUCCGUAGUGUUAAAGAGGCACUCUAUUCUUGAAAAUAAUCUUAAACGUUUAAUGUCAGAAACAGUCUGUGUCAUUAAAACUGGUGAGACAAUGUCAUUGCAUUUUAAACAAUGUGACGGGAAUGUUCUAAUUGAAGGUACUGAAAAAUCAAAUACAAUAACAUCUCACAACCUUCAGGCCACCAUGGAGACUCCACAGAGCAAUUCCUGUGCAGGACCAGUCACUGGAUCUCACCAAACGUCUUCUCUGGCUCAGUGCAUCCCAGCUGACCAUUUCCACCAAGAGAAUGUAAUUUCUCAGCCAACAUCAGCACAAAACACUGAUGAACUUUCAUCUAUUCCCUCUCCAGCAUGUGCUUCUGCAUCCAGCAAAGGACAAAAUAUAUUAACAAAUGAGCUCUUUGCCUACAGCCCUUCCCUCCCUAUUGGAACUCUAACUGUUCAACCAGCAUUUAGUAAAUCCAGAAACUGUACUCCUGCCUCUACUGCCUCUACUAUCAAUCCAUCUGAUGAUGCCCACUCCCUUUCUAAAUCUGAGUGCUCAAAUAUGACAGCACAACUUAAACCACUACAUGAUGAGAUCAUGUUAGACAAACUGUCUCAUAGUUUUAGUCCUUCCCCCGAAUCUGCCCCAUCUGGAACAAUAUAUUCAGACAACAAAUCUUUCAAAUAUGAAGAAAAUUUUGGAGUCAGUAGCCCAGUAUCAUUUGAUUGGGAGGAAAAGAGAGAGGAUGAAUGGGCAGCCUUUGAGCUUGGACUGGACAUGGACUCUACACAAGAUGAUAAGUAUUAUGUAUGUCCUGCUGCUUUCAGUAGAUUAGUGCAUGGUGGAAUUGAUGUUCUGACUGAUGAAGAGGGAAGGACAAAAAAUCCAGAGAUGCUUGGUCCCUUGAGCCUCAGCCUGGUUUAUAGUACCAUGCAAGAAGGUUAUACAGAAGGAACUUUGCAGCUUCUGUCAGACCUGCUCCAGCCUGGCUACUAUCCACCCAAAGAUAUCACCCUUCACCUGUUGGAGAUCCUGCUCAACCCACAGUCUCCACAUCACCAUUGUGUGCAAGCUUUCAGUCUUCUGAUGAAAACACAAAGGCACCACAUUGCUGAUAAAUGGUCUGUUUCAUGGGACUGGGAAAUGUUAAGCAGUACCAUGGAAAAGAAGGAACUCUGCCCUGAAAGUGUACGCAUGUUCUUAGAUUAUGUGGUGCUUACCUUAGAGGAUGACUUCAAGACUAAGCAAUCUACUUCUGCACUUUAUCAGUCCAUUGCUAAAUCCAUGUUGUCAGUUGAUCAGCAGUUUCCUCAUAUAAAGGACGUCUGUAAGUGGCUGUUUUCUGCCAUUAUGAAAUCAACAGAUGUUAAGGAUAUGAAAGGUGAACAUACCAGAAUGGUGGUCCUCUUCCAGAAGAUGCUGUCUUUGGCUCUAGAGGUGGACUACUCUCCAGCUAUAUGCUCUGCCAAGCUUUCUCAGGAGCUUUUCCACAUGCUCAUCAGCAAUGUACCACAGCGACCACAAAGAAUGCUGCUUCUGGAGAGCCUGCAGAGCGAGAGGCUUAGGUGUAAGCUGUUGGAACAUCUGCUGGACUAUUCCUGCCCAGUCAAAACCUCUGUGCCCAUAUCGCUCAGUCUCCUGCUCCACUUCCUGAAGAACUGCACCCUGUCUCUUGACACUGUUGAUGGCACUGAAAAAUGGCGGAGAUGGGAAGAACUGAUUCAUUAUCUCUGGAUGUUGUUGAUCAGCUACAGCAGUGCAAUGAAAGGAUAUCUCAUUGGCUCUAAAAUAGAACAAAGAGACAGUGUUGGCACAAGGAUGUACAAGCCUGAAGACAUGUUGUCCAAAUCUGCUGUGUGUGAAGCAGUUGAGGCCUUCCUGUCCAGAUCUCAGGAUGACGUCGGUGAAGCGCUACCUCCACAUGUUGAGGAGUCACUCUCCUAUUUACAGGAUCAUUUAAUGGAUGCCUGUCAGUGUUAAAUUAGUGUUAAACUGUUCAAAAAAACUUUUAAGCUGUUUGAUAGUCGUUGCCUUGAAUUCAUAUUUAUUAUAUUUUUAAAAUUUUGUGUUUCUAAUUCAAAAAUACAUUGUUGCACAAAAACAA